AUGAAAUUUGUUGCCUUGAUAUCUGGAGGCAAAGACUCCUUCUUCAAUAUCAUACAGUGCAAAAGGCAAGGCCAUGUGCUUGUGGCUUUGGCCAAUUUGCACCCACAGAACGAGGCCCAGAGCGAAACCGACUCCUUCAUGUUCCAAACAGUGGGGCACGAUAUCGUCGGCUACUACGCCCGAUGCAUGCCUCUGAUUCCUCUAUAUCGACAGGCGCUUUCUGGGGGCUCGACUAAUGUGCAGCUCGAGUACUUGCCAACACCAGAUGACGAGAUCGAGGAUCUAUAUGAGCUUUUGGCCAAGGUAAAGGAUGAGCAUCCAGACAUCGAAGGAGUGAGUUGUGGUGCCAUCUUGUCCCAUUAUCAAAGAACAAGAGUGGAGAAUGUCUGUGAGAGAUUGGGACUCACGUGUUUAGCAUACUUGUGGCAGAGAGAUCAAGCUGAAUUGAUGCUGGAGAUGUGUUCUCUGGGUCUUGACGCACGAUUGAUCAAAUGUGCUGCUAUUGGACUCAACGAGACUCAUUUAGGCAAGCUGAUUACCCAUAUGCUUCCAAUUCUCACCAAGCUCAAUCAAAUGUACGAUGUUCAUAUAUGUGGAGAAGGCGGUGAGUUCGAAACCUUGGUAUUCGAUGCGCCUUUCUUUGAGAACAGGCUAGAAAUUUUGGAUCAGGAGGCCGUUGCUCAUUCUUCUGACUGUUCUUACCUCAAACUCCUGGUAAAAGUUGUGGAGAAGGAUCAUUCAGACUCUGUCACUGAGGGAUCAUCAAAGGAAGACGAGAACACAAUUCGAAAGAUGCUACAUGGGGAAUUUAGUGCUAUACUGAAAGGCAUCAAGGCUGAAAAGGCAAUCUCAAUUCCUGAUGUCAAAGAGUCGUCAUUUUCGUUGAGUCCAACCGUUUUCAAAACACCCUUAAGACUCUACAUCUCAAACGCAGUCGAUGCAGCUUUAGAUGUUCAAAGCCAAACGCAAAACAUCAUGACACAUAUCACGAGUAUUCUUAGAAGCAACGAUGCCUCCAUAGCUGAUCUUCAGCACGUUACCAUUUUGGUUCGUGACAUGGGAGACUUUGCUAAAAUUAAUAGUGUUUAUGCGUCUUUUUUUGCAAACACCUACUUGCCACCAUCUCGUGUUUGCGUCCAAACCACUCUUCCGGAGCCUUACUGUCUACAAGUUUCGUGCAUCGCCCUCAAGCCUCCAGUGGAGACAAGACAUGGGAUACAUAUAAGAUCUAGGUCUUUUUGGGCCCCUCAGAACAUUGGGCCCUACUCGCAGGCAAUCGUUGAGGUUCGUGAUUCGUUCAAAACAGCCACUCUCUCUGGUCAAAUUCCGUUGCAGCCUGCCAAUAUGUUGCUCUUUGACAAAGAUUUGGUGACUGCGGCCAUACUUAGCCUUCAACAUCUUUACAAAGUGAAGUCACUCAUCAGCGUGAAACAGUUGGCUGCGGCGGUGUGUUUUGUGACAACUACCUCCCCACAUAUUGUUUCUCAAGUGUGGCAUGACUACGUACAAGAGGUUGAAUGUGGACAAGACUUUGUGAACCGCCUCAUCAUCGCCCAAGUAACAGGUUUGCCCAGAAACGCUCCCAUUGAGUGGGCGGGGUUGGCCUUCGAAAAGGUUGUCAAUAUGUAUGAAGAUGAAGACGAGAUCGAGGCCCCUAGGUUGUUAUCAUUGGCCACUGAGCAAAAGGAAAAAUUUAAAACGAAUAUUGUCAGUGUCAAUGAGAAUUUUAACCUUGUCAAGAUGAUGGGCAACGAUAUCAAUGCUGUGAUCGACUUCCUCCGCAGUCCUGCCCUCGGCAACUCCCAUGUCUCCGUCAUGACGACUCUCUCAAAUAUACACAAACUUGUCGCUCUAGGUCUCCCGGCAGAAUGGAUUCCUGUCGUCAGAGUCUGGGACAGCGACUGUGAAGAGUAUGAAUAUGCAAUUACCUGGGUAGCGUAG